AUGGACAAUUUAAAGUUGUAUAUUGACAGUUUAAAUAAUGCUAUUAUGAGCGACCUGUUGUAUGGGAUUGAAAAUGAAAGGGCUAGAUAUUUUGAUGUUAGACGCUGUGUAGAUGAGAGAUGUGAUGAUAUUUUGAAAAGGAAGUAUAGGAAAAUGGACAGGGACCUGAAGGACUAUAGGGAUAGCAUACAAUACCCUGCACCGAAGGCACAUCAUAGUUUUACAUUACAAGAUGGAGGGUCAGCAUCAGAAACAAACAGUUCCACUAUACCCAUAAAUGUGGAGGAUAGCAGCAGAAUGGGUGUUGGUGAUGAUGAUGAUAAUGGUAUCAUAGUUCCAUUUAUGAGGCAGCCUGAGGAAAGUGUCAGGCAGUCCUGUGGCUCUCUGGCUAAUGCUACUAAUGGCAUAACUUUGCGGUUCUCUGGCAGUACAUUAAUGGUACUUAUUAUCUUAAUAGUUCAAAUGAUCCUUGUAACGGUGCUGGGGAACAUGCUAGUUAUGGUGGCCUUUGUAGUGGACAAAAAUCUCAGAACACAAAGCAAUUUUUUCCUUCUCAAUCUGGCAAUCUGUGAUUUUUUUGUGGGUGCAUUUUGCAUUCCUGUGUACAUCCCAUAUUUCUUGACAGGAAAAUGGAUACUUGGAAAACAUCUUUGUAAACUGUGGAUCGUUACUGAUUAUCUCAUGUGCUCAUCUUCAGUUUUUAAUAUUGUCCUUAUAAGCCAUGACCGUUUUCUGUCCGUUACAAGAGCAGCUGAGUAUCGUGUUCACAAAGACCUGAUGCAAGUAGUCUUUAAAAUGGUAGCGGUGUGGCUUGCAGCAUUUUUUUUAUAUGGUCCAUGGAUAAUAUCCUGGGAGUAUUUUAUAGGGAAAAGCAUUGUUCCUGAAGACGACUGCUAUGCUGAAUUCAGUUACACCUGGUAUUUUCUUCUCUGUGCUGCAGUCAUUGAGUUCUUCACUCCAUUUAUCAGUGUUACUUAUUUCAACUUGUGUAUCUACUGGUGCAUCAGAAAACGAAAGAGAAAACAGCAGAAACAGAUGAAUCAAAACAAAAAUCACACUUGUCACCUGGAAAUUAAAGAAAGAAAAUUUACAUUUCAACAUUUUCAGUUUUUCUACUUUCCAAAGAAAAGUCCAAAGUCUUUGCCUCAGACUAAGGUUUGCAAGGAAACACUUAAAUUUGGAGACGAUCGGCGCCACAAUGUAUUUCUUGUCAAACUCUCUAGGGAUAAAAAAAUUGCAAAGUCUCUUGCUAUCAUUGUCUGUUCUUUUGGUCUGUGCUGGGUACCAUAUACUCUUCUUAAUAUUGUCAAUGCAGCCUGUGGUGGCCAGUGUGUUGAAUAUUAUUGGUUUGAGAUUACAUUUUGGCUCCUUUGGUGCAAUUCCUCAGUCAAUCCUUUCCUUUACCCAUUUUGUCACAGUAGUUUUAGAAAAGCAUUUGCAAAGGUUUUGUGCUGUAAUACUUAUGUAAGAGGUAAAAAACACUGA